AUGCCGAACGGUGAAUGGAGUCGAAAAAUGCACAACUGCGCUUACAGAAGUGCUGAAAACUCAACUCCUUGCUUGCGUCUAACUCGGAAUUCGACAUUAGUAGCGAACGUAAAAGUUCGUUGGCAAGGACUAUAUCUGCGCUGCGAACAAGAAAGCCUAUAUUUCACACGCGCUACGAACCUCCACGUGAUUAGCAGUAAGCGCUGUCCUAAUAUGGGUACAUGCAAGGGCUUGAAAUGCGCAGCAAUCAAUAGCUCCAGUUUGAUUGAGGAAUUAAACGAAGGAAACAACCACCCAGGCCGUACUGGAUGUUUAGAGUCUUGCGGAGGAAUAGGGAUGCGAUUUUCGGGCUGUUUGUUUUAUCGUAUUUUUGCCACUCCACGUAGCACAAAAAAAUCUACGAAAUCUUCCGUUGCAUGCGCUGGACCUGAACAACUGAAGUUAGAAAUUAUUAUAGAAAACAUGAACAGCACGCUAGGCAGUCCGCGAUUCGUGAUAUCUUCCAUUCCUAAUGUUCCGAUCAUCAUUCCUCCUCUUCAAAUCGUUCUGACAUCACUCUCCUUACCACCUACACCAGCGCUUGCAAGAGAAUUCAUCACAGAUGGGAUCGAUACUUCUAUUUGGAGUGGGACCCUUUCCCCGUCAUUGCGCUGCCAAACAUGGAAUGAUGCUCAGUCCCUGAAUUGCACAAUCGAUGACAAGUGCACUUGUUCCGGGGCAGAAGCUACCGUGAUCUGCGAAUGUCCCUCAGAUGACAUCGAGACGGAAUUUCACAAACUCCCACUAAAAAUCCCUGUCAAAACAGCUUCUUGGGAACUAAUGCGCACGAGAAAUUCCUCUCUUUUUGCAAAAAUUUUGCAUAUGGUGUCAUCCGAAAUCAUCAUCACCUUUAACCAAACAAUUGACACCGCUCUCGAAAUAGUUCAAGACGAGAUAUGUACAGUGGACAAUGCUCCUUUGCAAGGGUGUUAUCACUGCACAAAAGGAGCAUAUGCGAUAGUUCGCUGCUUUUCGAAAACCCAAACCACGGGUGAGGUUCUAUGUGGACAUCAUGCGUUCGUAAUUCCAUGCGCAGCGCAAGGGCCUGAAUCCACAUUAAGAUUUCACCUCGACUCAGCACGACAAUUAUUGCAAUGCAGCAUUACAUGUGGCCUGAAUAGCAGCGAAUUUCUGCUCACUGGAGUUCUAAAAUAUGUGAAUACUCUUCAUGCUCCGCUUCUAUCACCAGUGGAAGGACAAAACAACAUUUACCGUGAAUUCCAGUGGCCCGACUUUGGACACAUCUUCGACGUCAUCUUUACAUGGUAUAAGACCUUGCUGAUAGCUCUAAUAGCGGUCGUACUAGCCCUAAUAAUAUCGUACUUAUGUCUAAAUGCCAUUGGAAUGCGCAUUCUAACAUUUGCCGUACGCACAGUGUGGGCAAUCAGCUGUUUUCCUAUGCGCACACUCUUUAUGCUACCUCUUCCUCUCCCCGAACCAGAGCGACUUUAUGAAAACAUCAUCAAACUUUGCCAUAAUUUCAACUCCUGCACUACAAGAGUGACCGAGUUGAACAACCGCAUCAACGCUCUCCGCCGAUCAAGCGACAGCUACGACAACCGUCUCCAUAACGUUGAACUGCUGGAACUCUCUGUGGAAAAUCUGCGCAUUGAGAUGACCUUCACACGAUUCCAACUCCGCACCUUAUUUACCAUUCCUGCUCUGUUGUGCGCUGCGGGAAAUACUACAAAGGAUAUAUGGGACGCAUGGAUGGAUCGGCCCCACCGCAACGAUAUGGGUCUCCCACUUCUAGUUCAACCAGAUCAGAUCGAAAUGGUGGCUACGGAUCAACUCCAACAGCUCACACACACCACCAAUCCCUCAUGGAAAUACGCCCAUAGUCACACCUUCACUCGGGCCGGAGGACAUAGCGGUGCACGACCAAGAAAGGAGGAGUCGAGUUAG